AUGUCAACUGCGGUGUUGGCGGCACGCGCCUGCGCGCGGACGAUAUUGUGGCAAAGUCUCCGUCUAGCCGACUUCCACGGCGCCGUUCCCCACGUGCUGCUGGUCGUCGACCGUUCGCCGUGCGCUCUGCAGAAAGUCCUCCUUGAGGGCUACCUGCGGGAGCUCGAGCUCGUCAACGGGGCGCCGCCGGACGCGGCGGGAGGAGGCCCGCUCCGUGUCGACCUCGACCCCGCCGCCCCGACGCCCUGCUUCAGCGCCGGGCUGGACAAGGACUGGCGGGUGACGUACGGCGUGCUGCCCUUCCGCGCGGCGUCGUUUCUGGAGGAGGUGCGGGCCCUGCAGGCGUUUCUGCGUCAGUGCGGCCCCCCCGUUGCCGCAGAGGAGGAGGCCGGCGGCGGCGGACGCUGGUCUGAAGAGCGACGGAAGAGCGCCUUUGAAUCCCUGGCGCCCCUCUUGGCGCCUUACGCCGCUGCGGCGGCGGCCAGUGGCGAGGCUGCGGGUGAUUGUGGGGCGUGGAGGGGCGAACUCCUCCACGCGUUGCCUGCGGGGCCGCCGCGGGAGUUGCUGGGCUGCAUCCUCAUUCAGCGCCACGCCUUCCAGAAUGAGCUGGAAAAGUACCGCCUGCGACUGGACCUCUUCAACAUGGGACUCCGAGUGGCGGAGCACAACCACCUGGAGUGCAUGAGCCGCACGGCGGACGCGCUUGCCGGCGGGAAAGACGGCGGCAGCAGGGAACGAUGCUUGGAGGAGGAGGAAAUCAUACAUUACAUGCAGUCAUGUUCGCUGCAGCCGCAGGUGGCGGAGUCGGUGGGACGCGCCAUUGCCGACUCCAUUGAUGCAUGGAGCUGGAAGAGGCACUCCGUCGCUGCGGAUGGCGGCGAGGGCGUCACAGUAGACGUGGUGCCGCCUGCAUCAUUCUCCGAAGCCCUGGCCAACGCCGACGUGCUGUCCGUCUACAACGCGGGCGUGCUGCGGUGGGAGGGAGGCUCCGGCGCCGAGAGCACAAGGCGCUCUCGCGCCGAGGCGGACGGCUCCGCCGCGGCGUUGAAGAUUAGCGGCCCAGGGGCGCCACUGCGCAUCGUCUGCCACGACGGUAAAGUGUUGAGUUUCGAGGGUGGGUUGGAGGACUGUCUGCUAAACACCGGCUACUACGCCGCCGCCCACACGGAGGAGCGUAACUGUGUUCGGCGCCACCGUCAACGUUUCCCUGUCUCUGCCGCGGCUGAGCCAACGAAGGAGGAAGGCGAGGGGGAGGGAUACACGGCACCUGAGCCCGGCGCCAGCGAGGCCGAGAAGCGGGGGCGCCUAAAAAAGAAGGAGUACCUGGCGACGCUAAAACUCACGGGGAGGAAAACCGCGGCGGGGCGCGCGUCUUCCCCGUCGGAUGGGAACGACGAGGGCGUGCGCCGCGGCGGUCACGACUGCGGGGCGUGCGUUGGCAGCAGCAUUGGCGGAACCUUCCCCGUCGGGGAAGUCAUCAGUGAGUCCUUUGACUUGAGCAAGCUGAACGGCACCUGCUCCGUCUUUGCCUACCCGAGCCUCUUCAAGGAGGUCACAAUGUCGGACCCGGAGCCGGUGGCAAUGCGCAUAGAGAAGGGCGUUGUCACGGACAUUGGGCCAAAUGCGCCGGCGGAACUCGUUGAGUUGAUCGGCCUGGUGCGGCAGGCGGAGGGGGCGUGCUACGUGCGAGAGCUCGGCAUUGGCCUCAGCCCGCACGUGGGCAGGGGCCGCGUUGUCAGCGACGUGUCGGCGUUUGAGCGGCAGUUUGGCGUGCACAUCUCGCUGGGGCAGCGCCACCCGCUCUUUGUGAAGCAGCCGGGCAAGCGCAAUGCGGACGGGUCGAUGGCGGUGCGGGUGGAGGGCCCCGUGCUGAAGCGCAAGGCCGGCAAGUACCACAUUGACGUCUUCCUCGACGCCGCACGGCUCGAGAUGGGGGCGUUUGUGGUGGACUUCACGAAGGGGGUGUGCGCAGCCCCGCCCUCCGCCGCCGCCGCCGCGACACGCGCAUGA